AAUCACAUCAGACAUCCAUCCAACCAACCACCCCAACACAUACUUGCACUCACACUAUUCUUCACUCUACUCCCCCUCACCCUUAUCUCUCUCUGUCUACCUCAGAUCUUCCACCAUUACACAUCAAAACGAUGCGUUUCCUACUCUCUCUCCUCCCGCUCCUCCUCCUCCUCCUCCACUGCCUACCCUACUCCGCCGCCGCGCGGAAACACAACCCACACAACAACCCAAUCAACUCAUCCCAUCUCGUCCGUUCGUCAUGUAGCCACGCUAGCUACCCCAACCUCUGCAUUCACUCUCUCUCCACCUACGCGGGCCCCGCAAACACCCCUCGCGACCUGGCCCAGGCCGCCGUCAACGUCAGCCUCUCACGAGCCCGCCGCGUUUCCGGCUACCUCGCCCAACUCUCCAACUCCGACCAGGGAACAAAACGAGAGCGUUCCGCGCUCAGCGACUGCAUCGACCUCAUGUCCGAGUCCGUGGACGAGUUAACCCGGACGCUCGACGAGUUGAAGCACCUCCACGCCGAAACGUUUCGGUUUCAGAUGAGCAACGCCCAGACUUGGGUCAGCGCGGCCCUCACAGAUGACGACACGUGUCUUGAUGGGUUUGAGGAGCUUGAUGUGAAGGUGAAGGUGAAGGUGAAGGCGGAUAUGAAGCGCAAGGUUACGAAUGCGGCUAGGGUUACUAGCAAUGCGCUGUACCUGAUCAACCGCCUCGAUGAAAGCCGUGGUCGGCCGAGAUCUAAACCUUGAUGAUUAUGAUGAUGGCGAUGGACGGCCGUGAUUCUGUUUCACCGGGCGUUAUCUAUAGCGUGUGUAGUUCGUUCGUACUUUUUUGUUUUUUACUUUCGAUUUUUAUUUUUUAUUUAUAAAAAGUUGUACGUAUGAUCUCAUCGGCUGCUGCGUGUAUAAACUCUUCCUCAUAGUGUAUCAUGUCAUGUUUUAUCUAAAA